AUGAUGGCCAAUCGGUUAGUCGGUAUUCGUGGUCAACUUGGACGUUGUUUUAGUACAAGUGGUUCUCUUUUUCAAACAGUGAAAUCAACUUCAUCGGAUUCACCAUCAGUAUUGGUUUCACCACCGAUACAUGUAUUCGGUGUAGAAGGUCGCUAUGCUUCAGCCUUAUUUUCAGCGGCAUCAAAACAAAAUAAACUAGACCAAAUUGAUGCUGAUUUUCAAAAAUUGGAUAAUCUUUUAUCGAAAAAUAAAUCAAUUGCUGAUUUAUUUCGUAAUCCAGGCGUUACACGUGAACAACGUUUCGCUUUAAUUAAAGAUAUAGGUUUAUCUGAUAUGACUCGAACUACAUUAGAAACAUUUAUUGAUAAUCGACGAGAAAAGCGAUUAACAAAAUUCGUAUCAGUUAUGAAUCGUUUAAUGUCUGCUAAUCGAGGAGAAUUGAUAUGCCGAGUUAUAACAGCUAAACCAUUAGAUACAAAAUUACGUGGUGAACUUGAUUCGGUAUUAAAACAAUUUAGUAAAAAAGAAGAAAAACUUAACGUUGAAACAAGUGUUGAUCCAUCAAUUAUGGGUGGAAUGAUUGUAGAAAUUGGUGAUCGAUAUAUUGAUAUGAGUAUUGCAAGCAAGAUCAAAGCUUACACUGAAAUUUUGACAAGCAAUGUCUAA